UUGGAAUAUCCCAUUCCCACUUCUAGAAGGUUCUCUCUCAGGAUAUAAAGAGCAGGAGAGUGUGUUGCAGUUGUGCUUUUCACGGGACAAAAACUCAGAGGAGAGACCCAGCGAAUCUGUGCCAGAAUGAAAAUCGCAGGCAUCAAAAGAUCUCAAGGCUGCCAAGGCUGCUUUAGUAGACAGACAGGAUGUGGAUGACUAACAUUGUCGCUCUUUGUCUGCUGGGCCUCAUGGCCUCUGCAGAGGACAAGAAGCUGAGCAGCCACGCCACCACGCUGGCUGACACCAGCGCCAAUCUGGCCUUCAGCCUCUACCACAACAUGGCGAAGGAGAAAGACACGGAGAACAUCCUCAUCUCCCCUGUAGUGGUGGCCUCUUCUCUGGGGAUGGUGGCUCUUGGUGGCAAGGCCUCCACUGCCUCCCAGGUCAAGACCGUCCUCAGUGCUGACAAACUGAAGGAUGAGCAUCUGCAUGCAGGCCUGUCGGAGCUGCUCGCUGAGGUGAGCGAUGCUAAGAAGCGCAACACUACCUGGAAGAUCAACAACCGCCUCUACGGCCCCAGCUCCGUCUCCUUCGCCGACGAUUUUGUGAAAACCAGCAAGAAGCACUACAACUACGACCACUCGAAAAUCAACUUCAGGGACAAGAGGAGCGCGGUGAACUCCAUCAACGAGUGGGCGGCCAAGUCGACCGAUGGCAAGCUGCCUGAGAUCACCAAGGAUGUGCAGAACACGGACGGAGCCAUGAUUGUCAACGCUAUGUUCUUCAAGCCACACUGGGACGAGAGGUUCCACGACAAAAUGGUGGACCAGCGUGGUUUCCUGGUGACCCGCUCAUUCACCAUUGGAGUUCCCAUGAUGCAUCGCACAGGUCUGUAUGACUUUUACGAUGACACGGAGAACCGCAUCUUCGUGCUGAACAUGCCCCUGGGCCAGAAGCAGGCCUCUAUGAUCAUGAUCAUGCCCUACCACCUGGAGCCCCUUGAUCGCCUGGAGAAACUCCUAAGCAGAAAGCAGGUGGACACGUGGAUCAGCAAGAUGGAGAACAGGGCUGUGGCCAUUUCCCUCCCCAAGAUCUCACUGGACGUCAGCCACAACCUGCAGAAACACCUGGCUGAGCUCGGCCUGACCGAGGCCGUGGACAAAGCCAAGGCCGACUUGUCCAACAUCUCCGGAAAGAAGGACCUCUACCUCUCCAACGUCUUCCAUGCGUCAGCCCUGGAGCUGGAUGUGGGAGGUAACCCGUACGACACCAGCAUCUUCGGCUCCGACAAGCUGAGGAAUCCCAAACUUUUCUACGUGGACCACCCCUUCAUUUUCUUAGUGAGGGACAACAAGUCUAACUCCAUUUUGUACAUCGGCAGGGUGGUCAGGCCUAAAGGAGAAAAGAUGCGCGACGAGCUAUAAUGUUAAACGUUGCGAGUCGUGCUGGGUAGCUUUAUUUGUGAAAUGAAUGGCAGGAAACAUGAAAUAUUUCUGGUGUGUCUGUUACCUCAUGAGCACAUUCCAAGAGGCAACCUGAGCGUACUGUCCUUAUGAUACACUAAACCUUUUUCACAGUGAGCAUUUCUGUGAGAACGUCACAUUUCAGCCUUAAGUCAUCUUGGAUUGCACAAUGUUCUCAGUCACAAAUCUACAUGUGAGAUUUUCCAUGAACAAACAGCAGUUGGCACAGCAACAGACAACAUGCUUAUAUUAAGUAUGAUCUCUUUUUCUUUACACCCUGUUUUUCGCCAGUAUUAGUUUGGCCACGGUCAAUGUGUGCUUUCUUGCAUUACCUUUAACGUUUAAAGAAAAAAAGAUCAAUGCACAAGCUAGUUUUUUAACUGCUCCGGUCUCACCCCUUCCCCCCUUCACUUUCUCGUUGUUGUUAUUUUUGUCCAGCCUGCACUGAAUUGUUCUUGUUCAGAAAAAUUAAAGGCGGCAAAUGUCUGGCGUUUUCCUUUGCGUUCGCUCGCCAGCCACACUGUGCCAUUUUUGUUGCUGUUUUUCACAGAGAAGCUGUUGGAAUUGUGUGAUAAUAAUGUGUUGAUUUUUUUUUCAAUAAAAAUAAAGAAAAAGAUCUGUG